AUGGACGCAGGCGGUCUUGCUCAGAUGUCCUACAACAACUUCCCUUCCAGCAAUGGAUUGGGAAUACCCGGUUCUGGCUUUGCUUCCAGACGGGCAAAUGGUGCCAACCUCAAGCGUCUCUCCUUUGACACCUCCAAGCCAGCCAGCCCUCAAGACAAUGGGGCCCCUACGCCAAGAACUUCCCGGUCUCAUUUGCUCGCUGGGUUGAGAACGGCUCCAAAGUCGGCCACUUCGAGCACCUUCCCUUCGACUGCACCUCCCACACAGAUGCAACACAACACUGGACUUGCUGGUAGCAUCUACGCAGACAAAGGAACAUAUGGUGGCCCAAAGACUUCUAACUUUUCGAAUCAUCAGAACAACUAUAACCAAAUGAACAACAACAGCCAAAUGUACCACGUUCCCGAGCAGAUUCUGGCCCCACCUGAGAUCCUGAUUGAUGAGCACAUCCAAGAACAGAUGGAUCCAAACUUGUACGCCCAGCUAGUUGCUACAAACAUGUACCUUGCGGAUCAACAACAACGUCUUCAACAGCAACUGUACAGCGUGCAGGCUGCUGCUCAGCAAUUCCAGGGUUUGAAUUUGGGUAUGGGAAAUCAGCAGCAAUUUGCAACUCCUCCGAUCACGCCGCAAAACAUGGGAAUGUAUCAGCAGCAGCAAGUCAAGAGCAGCAUGCAGCCAGUUAUAACACCAGUUGUGGGUGCUCAACCAGGUGUCUACUCGUACUACAACCCAGUCACUGGCCAGCAGAGCUACUUCAUGGACGACCAAGUUCAAUAUGCGAACCAACAAGUUCAACAAUCGGCCAAUUACUCGCCUCCUCAGCAACCUGGUACGCCAAGAUUCCAAGUCUCACCACCUCCUCCUGCGGAUACACCCACGUUCACCCGAAGCAUUAGCCCUCCUAAGAAGUCCCAAUCGCCUCCUCAGGAUCACGCUCCAUUGCCACCACCAUCAGCUGGUGCAUUCCGCCGUGGACACCGCAAGGCAACCUCGAUGGCUGUUGGAGUUGAUACCACAUCUCCACUUGACGGCCCCAAAUCUGCAAUUCUGCCAAAGAGCCAAGGCUUCCCAUCGACACCCUUAACGGCUGGCUUUGGACCCGGUCAAGCCCGUGCUGGUGAACACCCCAUUCGCCAACCCCGCGGCCCACCUCCGUUGGAUGAAUUGAAGGCCAAACCCACCACCAAGUUCGAAGGCAGCAAGAACUUCGCUACUCGCACUCGCCGAAGUGCUGUUCACAACCUUGUACGUGCAGGAAUGGAGCGCCGUCGAGCACCAGGAAGCAGCUCUGGUAGCAUGUCUCCCGUAUCUGAGACUGGAGAAAUCACAUUUUCCGUUUCUUCGGACAACGAUUCGGACAGUGGUCGCAGUGGAAGUGGAAGCCUUUCCGGUCGCCCAAGUCUUGGUAGUUCUCGAACGUCGGCACAUGGCGCUAUUGGAUCAGAUCGUCCAUCCUCUCGUCAAAAGGAGCACUCUCUUGAGCGAAAAUCGAUAGCAUCUAUAGACAGCAACUUCACCACUGCGAGCGUCAGCAGUGAUGAAGGUUCUUCGGUUGGAGGCAGCUUUGCAGCUGUAUUCAAAAAUGCAGGCAAGAAACUAGAAACUGCCGAUGGUCAACGAAAAGCCCCAAUGCUCGUUCUCACCUCGGCUGAGAAGCGCAAAAGCUCUGUCUUCUAA